AUGAUGACAAGUUUAACGUCAACAGAAUCACUAUUACCUGACUAUGAAUCUUUACCAAGAUGGUUACUUAUACCAUUUAUAAUUAUAUCAAUAAUUGAAAGUAUUAUUGGAAUUGUUGGAAAUAUACUUGUUAUACUUAUUAUAUUAUUUCUCGCCAAAUCAAAUAUUCCUCAAACAUCACACAAUUGUUUUAUUGUUAAUUUAGCAUUAAGUGAUUUCGUUUUAUGUUUAUUUACAAUGCCUUUAAAUACUUAUCGAAGUUUAAAUCUUUACAUGACAUUUCCACCAGCAUUUUGUAAAUUAGCUGAUAGUUUUCCAGCUAUAAAUAUAUGUGUAUCAUCAUUAACUAUUGUUACAAUAUCAAUUUAUCGUUAUUUAAUAGUUUGUUAUCCUCAUAAAAGAAUAAUUGGAACAUGUUCAACAAUUAUUAUCAUGAUCGCAAUAUGGGUAUUAGCUAUAGGUGCAGCUAGUCCACUUUUUAUUUAUUCACGUUCAUCACCAGCUUUUCAAGAUGAGUUUUUAAUUAACACAAUGGUUGAAGCUGAUUGUAGUCAAUCAUCAGAUAAUUUAUGUAAAAUAAUCCAGACAAAAUACUAUAAACGUUUACAUGUUUGUCAUGAAUCAUGGCCUGACCAAGAAGGUUUACGCCUUUCAUAUACGAUAUUUAUGCUUUUUCUUCAAUUUAUUCUUCCAAUUUUUAUAAUUUGUAUUACUUAUUAUCAAGUUAUGGUCAAAUUACGAGAACGUUUUCGAUAUCGUUUUCUAAUGAAACGUAAUAAUAUUGCUUCAUUACGACAUGAAAUUCGUCGACAACGUCGAAAUACUGUUCUUCUAUUACUUAUUGUUGCAUUAUAUGCGAUCAGUUGGUUACCAUUUAAUAUUCUAUAUAUUUUAUUUACCUAUGUUAAUCAUUUUCGUCCAUCAGAUCCAACUCAUUCAAAACCAGGAGAAGAACUUAAUGAAUUAUCAAAAUAUCUUCCAUUACGUUUUCUCAUCUGUAUGAUAUCAGCAAUAUCAAAUCCAUUUCUUUAUAGUUAUUUUAAUGAAACAUUUAAAGAUGGUUUAACAAGAAUCUGUUGUUUAUGUUGUCCAAAUCUAAAUAGAAGAUUAAAUAAAUUUUCAUUUAAUCAAAUUGGUAAUUCAACAAAACGAAUGAAAUUAGAAACGACGAAAACAUCAAUAUUUUUAAAUGAAAAUCUAAAACAUAAUUUAUCAAAAUCUCGUUCAAGUCAUGAUCCAUUAAUAAGAUUAACAACCAUAAGUUCUGCUCGUGCUUCAACUAAUGUCUAA